UUGUUUAACCAAAAAAUAACGGAUAAUUAAAAUUAAAAGUCAUCUCUUUUUUUGUUUGAGAAACAAAGCGGCACAAUCGAAGGGAGGCGGUUAGGCAAUGGAAGAGGAGAAAGCGGCGGCGUACUACGACGAGCUCACGCGCAAAGGCGAAGGAGCAGCUCGUUUCAAGCAAGGCCUCGGCUUUUCCUCCGGGAACGACGCGGUUCCGGAGAGAGCAUCAGCGAUCGCAUCCUCCUCUUCGUUUCUCAACCAGUUCGUCAAAGCUUCUUCCAACCCUAAACCCACCGAGAACGAUUCCGAUAUCCGAUCUAUUCGAGAUAAGUUGAAGAAGGAGAAGAAUAAACCUGAAGAUCAGCAUUCCGAGAAGAGCUCGAGCGAUCGGCGUCGUUAUCGGAGUAGAGAGAGGGAUGAGAGAGAUAGAAGGAGAAGCAGGAGUGCAGAGAGACGUAGUGGGUAUGGGGACAGAGAGAGACGGAGGCGUAGGAGCCGGAGUAGGAGUUCGUCGCCGAGGAGGGAACGAAGGAGGAGAGAAGAUGAUAGAAGAGGAAGGAGGACCCAAAAACGAACGAAAUUCAAAUUGGCGCUCAAGUUUUCAAGUUUCAACGUAUCUUCCCCCCAAUUUAUUUCGAAUCUAUUUUCCUUAAAUCCCUCCUUACCCAUCCUCCUCUCCGUCCCAACAAUGUCAGAUCUGCCGCCGGAAAACCCCAAUCUGCCGCUCACUUCAUCGUCUUCCUCUUUGCACCAUUCCUACAGCCGGAAGCAGAAAUCUCUGGGCCUUCUUUGCACCAAUUUCUUAGCUCUCUACAAUCGACAUGGAAUCGAAACCAUUGGGCUUGAUGACGCCGCCUCCAAAUUAGGAGUUGAGAGACGGAGAAUCUACGAUAUUGUUAACGUUCUGGAGAGUGUAGGGGUUUUAACAAAAAGAGCGAAGAAUCAGUAUACGUGGAAAGGAUUUUCUGCGAUUCCGGCAGCGUUGAAGGAGCUACAAGAAGAAGGUGCUAAGGACACUUUCCACCGUUUUUAUACCAACGAGAAUGUCAAAGUAUCUGAUGAUGAAGAUGAUGAGGAAGAGUCUUCUUCUCAGCCUCUUUCUAGUAGCCAGACUGAUACCUCCAAACCUGGCUCUCUUGAUCCCUCUAAAAUAGAUAAUCGACGAGAGAAAUCUUUAGGACUGCUUACUCAGAACUUUAUCAAGCUCUUUGUUUGCUCUGAAGCUAGGAUCAUCUCCCUUGACGAGGCUGCAAAAUUACUACUUGGAGAUGCCCACAAUACAUCAAUAAUGAGAACAAAAGUGAGGCGGCUUUAUGAUAUUGCGAAUGUCUUGUCAUCAAUGAAUCUCAUUGAGAAGACUCACACCUUAGAUUCUAGAAAACCAGCUUUCAAAUGGUUAGGAUACAAUGGUGAGCCUACUUUCACACUCAGCAGCGAUUUGAUGCAAGCCGAAUCAACGAAGAGAGUUUUUGGAACUGAUCUCACUAACGUCAGUGUCAAGAGAAGCAGAACCCAUGAAAAUGCUACCGAGAGGAGGAUAAAGAUGAAACAACACGCAAUAGCAGAUAGUUCUUAUAAUCAAAGCUCUGAUGAUGCUCAUGAAUCAAGACGCUACAAGUUUGGUCUUUUUGCACCAGCCGCUGGUGGUACAUAUCCAGCUGCUCGUUUGGAGGACAACUCCAAGAGAGCUUUUGAUGUUGAGAAUCUAGUUUCGGAUUAUCGUCCUACUUACCAAAAUCAAGUUUUGAAAGACCUCUUUGCGCAUUACAUGGACGCUUGGAAGUCAUGGUACAGCGAAGUCACGCAGAAGAAUCCAUUACCAGAUACAUCAAAACGCCAUUAGAGAUAUUCUUAAUCUUCUCUUACUAGUGAACAUUUCGUUUUGACCAAUGUGGGUUUAGUUUCUCCACACAAAUUUUAACGGCAGGAAUCCGACAUUUUAAGAUGCAGACUGCACCAUCUCUGUGCUUUCACUGUAGGCUGUUUAGAAAUCAUCUUUUGCUUGAUUCCAAUGCCAGUUGUAUGUAACUUAUAUAUAAUCCCCAUCUUUUAUUUUUAAAGAAUCUCAAAA